AUGGAACGACGAUUGAUCCCUGGCUUCUUUUGGCUGAUUCUGGUGUUCGAUUUGGUUCUCAGAACAGCGGGCAACGCCGAAGGUGAUGCUCUGAGUGCACUGAAAAACAGCUUAGCUGACCCUAACAAGGUGCUUCAAAGUUGGGAUGCUACUCUCGUUACUCCCUGUACAUGGUUUCAUGUUACUUGCAAUAGUGAGAAUAGUGUUACACGUGUUGACCUUGGGAAUGCCAAUCUAUCUGGCCAGCUUGUAAUACAACUUGGUCAGCUUCCAAACUUGCAGUACUUGGAGCUUUAUAGCAAUAACAUUACUGGGACAAUCCCAGAGCAGCUUGGAAAUUUGACGGAACUUGUGAGCUUGGAUCUUUACUUGAACAAUUUAAGCGGUCCCAUCCCAUCAACUCUCGGCCGACUAAAGAAACUCCGUUUCUUGCGUCUUAAUAACAAUAGCUUAGCUGGAGAAAUUCCAAGGUCUUUGACUGCUGUCUCGACGCUGCAAGUUUUGGAUCUCUCAAACAAUCGUCUCAGUGGAGAUAUUCCUGUUAAUGGUUCCUUUUCACUUUUCACACCUAUCAGUUUUGCCAACACCAAUUUGAAUCCUCUUCCUGCAUCUCCGCCGCCUCCCAUCUCUCCUACACCACCAUCACCUGCAGGGAGUAACAGAAUUACUGGAGCAAUUGCGGGAGGAGUUGCAGCAGGUGCUGCACUUCUAUUUGCUGUUCCAGCCAUUGCACUUGCUUGGUGGCGAAGGAAAAAACCACAGGACCACUUCUUUGAUGUCCCAGCUGAAGAGGACCCAGAGGUUCAUCUAGGACAACUCAAGAGGUUUUCAUUACGUGAACUACAAGUUGCCUCGGAUAAUUUUAGCAACAAGAACAUAUUGGGUAGAGGUGGUUUUGGUAAAGUUUAUAAAGGAAGGUUAGCUGAUGGUUCUUUAGUGGCGGUUAAAAGACUGAAAGAGGAGCGCACCCAAGGUGGCGAACUGCAGUUCCAGACCGAGGUUGAGAUGAUCAGUAUGGCGGUUCAUAGGAACUUGCUUCGGCUUCGUGGAUUUUGCAUGACUCCAACAGAAAGAUUGCUUGUUUAUCCCUACAUGGCUAAUGGGAGUGUUGCCUCCUGUUUAAGAGAACGUCCGGAGUCUCAGCCACCACUUGAUUGGCCAAAGAGACAGCGUAUUGCGUUGGGAUCGGCAAGGGGGCUUGCAUAUUUACAUGAUCAUUGCGAUCCAAAGAUCAUUCAUCGAGAUGUGAAAGCUGCAAAUAUUUUGUUGGACGAAGAGUUUGAGGCCGUGGUGAAAGGGUUGUUGAAAGAGAAGAAGCUGGAAGCACUAGUAGAUGUCGAUCUUCAGGGUAAUUACAUAGACGACGAAGUGGAGCAGCUAAUCCAAGUGGCUCUGCUCUGCACUCAGAGCUCACCGAUGGAAAGACCCAAAAUGUCUGAAGUUGUAAGAAUGCUUGAAGGAGAUGGUUUAGCUGAGAGAUGGGAAGAGUGGCAAAAGGAGGAAAUGUUCAGGCAAGAUUUCAACUACCAAAAUUAUAAUCAACCAAACACUAGCUGGCUCAUCGGCGAUUCCACUUCCCACAUCGAAAAUGAAUACCCCUCGGGUCCAAGAUAA